CUUUCCAGCCAUUUAAUUUUAUCUUUCUCUCUCCAUCCAACUUGAUGAAAGUGAUAGAGGUAUUCAAGGUAGCUCCGGCACCCAGUACAUCGCCGGCGGCUAUCUCCGGCGAUUACUUUCCUCUCACCUUCUUCGAUGCAGUAUGGCUUAGAUUCCCACCUACCCAACGUGUUUUCUUCUACGAAAUCAAGGAUUUAUCGUUCUCUGUUUUCUCCGACGACAUUCUCCCCAAGCUCAAACAUGCUCUGUCUCUCACCCUUCAGUACUAUCCCCAACUCGCCGGAAAUCUUACGUGGCACCCCGUCACCGGUAAUCCGGCUAUCCGUUUCGCUACCGACGAUGACGGGAUAUAUCUCACUGUAGCAGAGUCCACCGCCGACUUUCAUUCUCUCUCCACCGACGAUAUUAAGGAAGUCAAAGACUUGCAUCCUCUGUUGUCGGAUUUCCAUGUUUCCGAGAAUCAGGCAACGGUAAUUUCUCUACAAGUGACUCUCUUCCCUGGUUCUGGAUUCUCCAUCGGAUACACCGCCCACCACGCCGUCCUCGACGGUAAGAGCGCCUCCAUGUUUAUCAAGUCAUGGGCCAAACUUUGCCACGUUGGAUCCCUUCCGAUGGGGAUGACGCCGGUUCUGGAUAGAUCCUUGAUCAACGACCCUUUAGAUAUUUGCACGAUUUUCACCGAAAAAUGGAAGAAAAUGCCCCCGGAAGGAUCCUUUCACCUUAUGGAAAUGAAACCUGCACCAGGAUUACUCCGAGGAACUUUCCGACUAACUGGAAAACAAAUAGGUCACAUAAAGAGCAUAAUAAACAGUCCCGUUUCUAGUUUCACUGCGGUUUGUUCAUAUAUAUGGAGGUGUCUAGUUAAAGCAGAGGGGGAUAUUACAAAUGAGAAUGUUCUUCUCGGAAUCAACAUGGAUUGUCGAGCACGAUUGAAUCCUCCGAUUCCGGUGAAUUACAUUGGGAACUGUGUAGCGUUUAGGAUAGCAACGGUAAAGGUUGUAUCUUUGGAAGGGGGAGAAGGGUUGGUGACGGCGGCGACGGCCAUUAAAGAGGCGGUUGGAAGCUUGCCGGAAGGAGUUGUGAAGGGGGCAGAGAAAUGGUUUUCGGAUGAAUCUUCAAAGGUGUUUGUAGGUCAGAAGAUGUAUGCUAUUGGUGGGUCGCCGUUGUUUGGGUUGUACGGAGCAGAUUUCGGGUGGGGACAGCCGACAAAGGUGGAGAUGGUUUCCAUUGACAAGAGUGGAGCUUUUUCUCUUUGUGAUGAUAGAGAUGACAAUGGCGGGAUGGAGAUAGGGAUAGUGUUGAGUAAGCCAAAGAUUGAAGCUUUCUCGUCAAUCUUCAGUGAAGGGCUUGAAGAAAUUGGUAAUAAAUAGUAGGGUCAGGAGAUGUUUUCUUGCAUUGUUCUAUGUCAUGGUGUUGUUAAUUUUUUUUAAUCAUAUUAUUUGAUACAAGAUAAAAUUACAAUAAUGAAUUGAAGGAAAUGAUUUUUUUAAUAUUA